UGAACUCCCACUGUUCAAUCUCUCUCCAUGUUCUCUAUGCUCUCUUCCCAAACACCAAUUUUAGGGUUAGGGUUUUGAACAAAACCCGUUUUCCACAUCUCAGAUCUUCAAUUUAGCUCUUCUUUCCCUAGAUUCAAUUAUUCUUGAACCCUCAUAAAGGGUUCCAGUAAUGGGUCGUCUUCAGAAACCCCUAAAUCUGUUAUCAAUUUCUAUCUGGUUCAUCUUCACUUCAUCCGCCGUUUUCGGCGGCGAUUCAGACAAAUCGGCGCUUCUUGAGUUCAAAACCUCAGUUUCGGAUCCUUCAGGAGUGUUAAUGAGCUGGAAUUGGAGCAGUUCGGAUUAUUGUUCGUGGAUCGGAGUUACAUGUGGGUCAAAUUCGAGAGUAGUGGCUCUUAAUAUCACCGGUGGAGGUAACUCUGGCUUCUUUACUUGUUAUAAAUAUGAUCAGUUUCCUUUGUAUGGAUUUGGAAUUAGGAAAAAUUGUGUGGAUCGUAAUGCUAAAUUAGUCGGUAAUUUGUCAUCUGCGAUCUCGAAGCUUUCGGAACUUAGAAUUUUAUCGCUUCCUUUCAAUGAUUUGAGUGGUAAAAUUCCUGAUGAAAUUUGGGGUAUGGAGAAAUUGGAAGUGAUUGAUCUCGAAGGGAAUUUGAUUGAUGGGCAGUUAAAGCCUCAUUUCAGUGGUUUGAGAAGAAUUAGGGUUCUUAAUUUGGGGUUUAAUCAGAUAUCAGGGGAGAUACCGGAUUCUGUAUCGGAAUUCAAGAACCUACAGGUUUUGAAUCUUGCCGGAAAUCGUGUGAAUGGUUCUAUUCCUAAAUUUCUUGAUGGAUUUGGAGAUUUGAGGGGGUUAUAUUUGUCAUUUAAUCAGUUUUCCUGGAACAUCCCUAUGGAGAUUGGGUACAACUGUGGUAAUCUUGAGCAUUUGGAACUUUCCGGCAAUCUUUUGGUCGGAGGGAUUCCGGCAAGCUUAGGGAACUGUACCAAGUUACAAUCUCUUUUAUUGUAUUCCAAUUUGCUUCAAGAAGAAAUCCCGAUUGAACUUGGCCGGCUUGAAUCACUACAAGUUCUGGAUCUUUCUAGAAACAGUCUCAGCGGUGCAAUACCACCGGAGCUUGGAAGCUGUUCGAAUCUUUCCAUCCUUGUGUUCUCCAACUUGUUAAAUCCGAUUCCCGAUGUUUCUUUAUCCGGCGACAAUUCUUCGCCGGCCCAAUUGGCUCCCGAAGACGAGUUCAAUUACUUUGAAGGUUCCGUGCCAUCUGAAAUCACCACUCUCCCGAAGCUGAAGCUGUUAUGGGCACCUAGAACGACUUUAGAGGGAAAGUUUCCAGACAAUUGGGGUUCUUGUGGGAGCUUAGAAAUGGUGAAUCUUGCUCAGAAUCUUUUCACCGGUGAAAUCUCGAAAGGGUUUGACAUUUGCAAGAAGUUGCGGUUUCUUGAUUUGAGCUCGAACAAGUUGACUGGAGAGAUCAGCGGUAAACUUCCUGUUUCUUGUAUGCGGGUGUUUGAUGUUAGUGGUAAUCGUCUUUCCGGUCCAAUGCCCACUUUCAGUUACGGUACUUGUGAACCCUUUAAUCCAUCGGUGCCAUACCUUCGCUAUUUUGGAUCGAAAACCCUAAUGCCGGUGUUUCCGAACGACCUUGGAGAUCUUGCAAUAAUCCAUAAUAUUGCCGGAAACAAUUUUACCGGCGGGUUGGCUUCUAUGCCGAUCAGAAUCACAGGGGAAAAUACGGUUUAUGUUUUUCUUGCCGGCGAAAACAAGCUUACUGGUAAGUUUCCUGGAAUGCUAUUUGAAAAUUGUGCGAAAUUGAAAGCGAUGAUCAUUAAUGUGAGCUCAAACGCGUUAUCUGGUGAAAUUCCAUCAAACAUUGGUCAAACUUGUCGGAGUUUGACUUUCUUGGAUGUCUCGGAGAAUCAUAUAUCAGGGACGAUUCCUGUUAGUUUCGGGGAGUUGGGUUCGCUUGUUGCAGUGAAUUUGAGUCAGAAUAUGUUAACCGGAGAGAUACCGGUUUCUUUCAACAAGAUUAAGGAUCUCCAGAAUCUCUCUUUAUCGGGCAACAAUUUAACGGGUCCGAUUCCUUCUGGUCUCGGAAAGGUUUGGUCUUUGAAAGUUCUUGAACUUUUUUCAAACUCUUUAUCCGGAGAGAUCCCGGAAGAUCUUGCGAAUCUGAGGAAUUUAACAGUUCUUUUGCUCAACAACAACAAGCUUUCUGGCCAUAUUCCUGCAGGUUUUUCGAGCAUGAAAUCGAUAUCGAAUUUUAACGUCUCAUUCAAUAACUUAUCGGGCCCGUUGCCGUUGAACGAUAAUUUGGUGAAAUGCAGCAGUGUUUUAGGAAACCCGUAUUUGGAAUCGUGUAGGAUAUCUCCAACGACUUCAUCUUUCGAUCAGCCCACUGGCGGUGAUUUUGCUAAUCUUUCUGGUUCUCCGGUUCCGCCACCAAAGGGAGGCCGAGGCUUCAACUCGAUCGAGAUCGCUUCCAUAACGUCCGCCUCUGCUAUAUUUUCGGUUCUGCUAGCGCUCAUUGUUCUGUUCUUCUGUACCAAAUGGCGGCCGAAAUCCGGUGCUGGCGGUCGUGGGUCUGUUCGUAAGGAGGUUACGGUUUUCACCGACAUUGGGGUCCCGUUGACGUUUGAGAAUGUGGUUCGAUCCACUGGCAGCUUCAAUGCUAGCAACUGUAUUGGAAAUGGAGGUUUCGGAGCUACUUAUAAGGCGGAGAUCUCACCGGGGUUCUUGGUGGCAAUAAAACGGCUAGCCGUCGGAAGAUUUCAGGGAGUGCAACAGUUUGAUGCCGAGAUCAAGACAUUAGGGCGGCUCCGCCACCCGAAUCUCGUGACUCUAAUUGGGUAUCACGCCAGCGAAACCGAAAUGUUCUUGAUAUACAAUUACUUGCCCGGCGGGAAUUUGGAACGAUUCAUCCAAGAACGAUCAAUCCGAGCUGUCGAUUGGCGAAUCCUUCACAAAAUCGCACUCGAUAUCGCUCGAGCCCUCGCGUACCUCCACGACCAAUGCGUUCCGCGGGUUCUUCACCGUGACGUGAAGCCAAGCAACAUUUUACUCGACGAUGAUUUCAACGCGUAUUUGUCGGAUUUCGGUUUGGCUCGGCUUUUGGGGACCUCCGAGACCCACGCCACCACCGGGGUCGCCGGAACUUUCGGAUACGUGGCGCCAGAAUACGCAAUGACGUGUCGGGUCUCCGAUAAGGCAGAUGUCUACAGUUACGGGGUCGUAUUGUUGGAGCUGAUUUCCGAUAAAAAGGCGUUGGACCCGUCGUUUUCGUCUUACGGGAACGGGUUCAAUAUCGUGGCGUGGGCGUGUAUGCUUUUACGGCAGGGGCGGGCGAAGGAGUUUUUUACGGCGGGGUUGUGGGAUGCGGGCCCGCACGACGACCUGGUGGAGGUGCUGCAUUUGGCGGUUGUUUGUACGGUGGAUUCGUUGUCGACUCGGCCGACAAUGAAACAGGUGGUACGGAGGUUGAAACAACUGCAACCUCCGUCGUGUUAGGCGGGGCCGCCCCCGCCGCCAUUGUUGUUUUGUUUUAGGUUUUGAAGGGUUUAAGGGUGUAAAUUGUAGAAUAGGUUUUGUUGGUGAAAAUGAUUCUAUUAUAAGCUAAUAUACGUGUAACGAUUCUCGUAUGUUUCUCUAUUGGUUCUUGAAGGAAAUCAAACAAGUGGAGAUGUUAUUUGGGAUCUUA